GUGAAGGAUAUUUCAGAUUUUGUGUGUUUGAAAUAAGUAAGAAGGCCAUCCAUAUAUGCCUAAGAUUACGUCAUGUCCAUGGGCUUUGUACAGUUAGGCCCAUUAUAGUUCGAGAAACCCUAGUUCCGUCCCAUAAAACUCAUUUCUCUUUCACCCUCGACGCAGUUUUGACUCCGCAACACUCUUCUACUCCUUGAAAUGGCGUCAGAGAAGAAGCUCUCGAACCCCAUGAGGGACAUUAAGGUCCAGAAGCUUGUUCUAAACAUCUCCGUUGGUGAAAGUGGUGAUCGUCUCACCCGUGCCUCAAAGGUUUUGGAACAGCUCAGUGGACAAACCCCUGUUUUCUCAAAGGCGAGGUACACUGUGAGGUCUUUUGGUAUUAGGCGUAACGAAAAGAUUGCGUGCUACGUCACUGUUAGAGGUGACAAGGCAAUGCAGCUUCUUGAGAGUGGCUUGAAAGUCAAGGAGUAUGAGCUUCUUAGGAGGAACUUUAGUGACACUGGUUGCUUUGGAUUCGGUAUCCAAGAGCACAUUGAUCUUGGUAUCAAGUAUGAUCCAUCUACUGGUAUCUACGGAAUGGACUUCUAUGUUGUUCUUGAACGUCCAGGAUACCGUGUGGCACGUCGUCGUAGAUGCAAGGCUCGUGUUGGUAUCCAACACAGAGUGACUAAGGAUGAUGCAAUGAAAUGGUUCCAAGUCAAGUAUGAAGGAGUUAUCCUCAACAAGUCUCAGAACAUCACCGGCUAAAAAGAUUUUUGUUGAUUUUAGCUUUGUUUCGAGUUGUUUAUCUUUUAAAGAGUUCUGGAUGCUAAAGACCUCUUUGUUGUAGUAAAACCUUUUGUGACGUCUGUGGUAGUAUCUAAAAUCUUCGAAAGAACCUUGGUGAUAUGA